AUGGCCCUUGCACAUUCCACCACAUUUGGAAGUUCAACAACAUCCACAGCGAUUCCACAAACAGAUUCCACGACGCUGGCAGAUUCAACGACAUCUACAGCGAUUCCACCAACAGAUUCAACCACAUUCGGGAGUUCAACAACAUCCACAGCGAUUCCACAAACAGAUUCUACGACGCUGGCAGAUUCAACGACAUCUACAGCGAUUCCACCAACAGAGUCCACCACAUUUGGAAGUUCAACAACAUCCACAGCGAUUCCACCAACAGAUUCCACGACGCUGGCAGAUUCUACGACAUCUACAGCGAUUCCACCAACAGAUUCCACCACAAUAGGAAGUUUAACAACGUCUACAGCGUUGCCUAAUACUGGAAGCACCGCAGAUGAUGUAGAACCAACAACUGAAUCCUCCCUUUGCAUAACCUUUCCUCAUCUUCCGGUGUGCCAAGGAACAAAAACUGUUCACCUGGAAGGUGGUAAUAUUGGAUUGGGUAUUGCUGAGUUGAAGCCGGAUCAGCAGUUGUCGAUCAUAUCGGAGCCUCACUCUGUGACUUCGCUGUGUUUUUACUAUCCCCGUCUGUGCAUGAAGCCAGAACAGGCGCAGUUCGUGCGAUUGUCGGAUGGGACUGGAAAGCCACUCUUGCUAAUAUCAUCCAUCAUCGAAGGACGACCAUCUUCCCAGGAUCAUCCAACAUUAUCCGCUGCCGCCUCUUCCUCGUCCACUGCCUCAGCGGCCUUUGCGACCACUGAGGCCACAGAGACCCCUUCGACCGGAUCGGCCAAGGCCCAAACCAACUCGAAGGCCUACUAG